AUGAGACCUCUCGAUGAGAAAGAAACGACGGCAGUUUUCGAGAAGCUAUUCAAAUUCACAGGGACGAAUCUAAAGCACAUCGUCGAGCGCCCUUCUCUCGAAGGACCCGGCGCCUCUCGUUACUGCUUCCGCCUCCACAAGAACCGCGUCUUCUACGUCAGCGAUUCACUCCUCAAGCGCGCCACCAACAUCGCUCGAGACCGCCUUGUCUCUCUCGGCACCUGCAUCGGAAAGUUCACCAAGACCGGCAGCUUCCGCCUCACCAUUCAGUCCUUAGAUCUCAUCGCCGCCCACUCCAAACACAAGGUCUGGCUCAAGCCCACCUCCGAGAUGUCAUUCCUCUACGGCAACCACGUCCUCAAGAGUGGCCUCGGUCGCAUCACCGAGAACACCUCCUCCGGCGAUGGAGUCGUUGUAUUCUCCAUGUCUGACGUCCCUCUUGGCUUUGGCGUCAGCGCCAAAUCCACGCAGGACUGCAGGAAGCUCGACCCGAAUGGAAUUGUCGUGCUUCACCAGGCAGACAUUGGGGAGUAUCUGAGGACUGAGGACGAUCUCUGAUGUGAGAAAUGAGGAGUCUUUCUCGCCUUUUUCUUUGCUCUUUCACUGUUUCUUUUAAGUUGGUUUUCGUAAUUGGGAUUGGUGGGUCAGAUUUUGAGGUCUUAAAUGGUAGCCUUUCCUGCUUUUGUAAGUGGGUUUUACUUGAUUUUGAAUUUAAUAGAUAUAUGAUUGAUGUUUAAGGUGUUUGGCUUCCUCAA